CCCGAUGUGAAUCGGCGCUUCUCCUUCGCUACAAAGACUCGGCUCUUAGAGCCGAAUCUUUCGCGAACGACACAUUUUCACAGACAUAAUGAUUUCGGUGCUGAAGUUCAUAUCCAGACCUUUUGCGAGAAAAGCUUCAGCAAAAAUGCAUUACACCACUGGGGUAAACAUAACACUUUUGCCCAGUUACAAAUGCUCGUUUGAAGAUCCGGUGCACGUGACCGUAAAUGGUUUAAAUCCGCGACAACGCGUGCAACUGCGCUCAAGGGUCACGGAUGACAAUGGCCUUGUUUUCCAGGCUUCGGCCACCUACGAGGCGUCCGACAAUUGUCAGGUAGACCUCACCAGCCACCCCUCGCUUGGUGGCAGCUUUACCGGUAUCGAACCAAUGGGCUUAUUCUGGGCUUUGAAAGCUGAUACGGAAGCCUGCAAGUUCGCAAAAACAGACGUGACGCGUCCUGUUCUUGUUGACAUUGAGGUUUUGAGCAACGAUGAAGUAAUAGCUCAAGCGACGAACGAGAGACACUGCAUGGCCGAUGGUGUCCGGAGGGUUCCGGUCACAGAAGGCAGGAUCAGAGGAACUUUGUUUCUGCCACCCGCCGGUACAGGACCAUUUCCUGGGAUUCUGGAUACUUAUGUUUUCAGAGGACUCCCUUUUGAGUUGAGAGCGGCUCUGUUGGCAAAACAAGGCUUUGCGGUGCUUGCCUUGGCCUUCCAGGGAUACCAAGAUUUACCCAAAAGGGCUGAAAAAUUUCACCUGGAGUAUUUUGAAGAGGGUAUAGCAUUUUUGCGACAACAGCCUGAGGUCAAAGGCCAAAAAAUUGGCCUAAUUUCCAUCUCAAAAAGUGGAGAUCUCGCUUUGUCAAUGGCAGCUUUUCUGCCUGGUAUAUCGGCUACUGUUUGGAUCAACGGAUGUAACGCCAAUACUUUGGUCCCCGUGUACUACAAAGACGUUUGCCUUCCACCCCUGAUGUUUGACAUUGCAAAAACAAAAAUAACACCAUCAGGCAUGCUAGAUAUUGGGGAUGUUAUGCACGACCCCAUGUCCAAAAAAGGGCUCCCUAGUGUUAUACCCAUUGAGUGCAAUACCGGUAACUUCAUGUUCAUAAUGUCGGAAGCUGACAGAAAUUGGCAUAGUGCGUAUUAUGCGAGGCUAGCAUGCGACAGAUUGAAAGCACAUGGGAAAAAUAACUACGAGCUGGUGGCAUAUGAAAAGGCUGGUCACUUUAUUGAGCUGCCCUAUAUGCCAUUUUGUGUUGCAGACUUUCAUGGUGUCGCAGGCAAAGUGGUUUACUUUGGUGGGGAGCCUAAGGCCCAUUCUGAGGCACAGUUGGAUGCAUGGCCAAGGAUUUUGAAUUUUUUCAGAAAAUACUUAGGAGCUACUUAUCAAAGAUCUAUGCUUUAAAAGCAGGAGUAUAUAUGACACUAAAGGGAGGUCAAGCCCUGCACCCUUGUUCUAUUAAAAUACUGAUAUUUUUCUAAUAUAUUAAGUCAAUAAGAAUCAAUGAAGCCAGUGUUUGAUUUUGUAUCAUUUGCUUCGAAUCAUUGUUGUGUUUAUUAUUCAUACAAAGUAUGGAAUUUUAUUUUUUAAGUCAAGCAGUAUGCGUUAUCUUGGGUAUUGUUAUUAUCUCAUAGAGAUUUAGUAAAAUACAAACUGCUGCUAGCUUCUUUCCUGAUUAUGCAUUCAUUCACUCACUUAAAGUCCAUUUUGUUGCACAGCCUCGAGCCUCCUUUUCACAGAAACCUUGAGGAUCUCUUCAAUCUUAAUAGAGUGAGAAUGUGGGUUAUUUCUUCUAUCUUUUUGAUUUUUCAACAUGUUUCUUCUACAUGAAUUCUGAGGAGAUUGAGAUCCUCUCUUCGCACACCCUCAGCGGUACUUACACCAGAUCUUUUAGAGAGGACUUUGACAUCGACACACUCCAGAGCCAUUGCGUUUAACCUGGACCAGUUAGAGGAGGCUCUUCAACCUGGACCGGUUAGAGGAGGCUCUUCCUGUUGAUUGACUGGAAUAGAUUCAUUGUUUAUAUAGAAAUGGUUACAAUCAUUGGCAGUGCCAUUGCCCGGUAUUCAUCUUUGCAAGUUGUGAGAUGAAUUUUUUAAUGAGCAGGCUUGCCUUUUGCAACCCGAAUUCUGCAAAUGUUGGGAUGUGUUUUUUAAAGCAAAAAGACUUUAAAAUCCCAUGAGCUAAAAAGAUUGUGAAAUACUUUAAAAACAACGAUUUUCAAUGUCAAAUUGCAAAGGCUUUGGAAAUCUCAUCUUCUACAGUGCAUCAUCAAAAGAUACAGAGAAACCUCUGUGCGAUUGUGCGUAAGGGAAAAGGCAGAAGACCUUUGUUGGAUGGUUUAUAAAGGCUCAUUUAAAAUGGAUUGUUCAAAGUGGAAAAGUGUUUUAUGGUCAGACCUACGAGUCAAAAUUGGACAUUCUUGUUGAGAAAGCCAGCAUCUCUGGUGGUAUGUGGGUGCAUAGGUGCAUACAGUAAGGGCAGCUUGCAUGUUUUGGAAGGCACUAUGAAUGCUUAAAGGUUCAUAAAGGUUUUCGGAACCGUCUAUUGCAGGGAAGCCUUGUGUAUUUCAGCAGGACAAUGCAAAACCACAUACUUCAGCUAUUAUAACAGCAUUGCUUCGUAGUACAAGAGUCCGGGUGCUGAAUUGACCUGCCUGCAGUCCAUAACUUUCACCUACAGAGAUCAUUGGGCGCAUCAUUAAAUGAAAAACACAUCCACAAACUCUUCAGCAGCUGGAAACCUAUAUCAGGCAAGAAUAGGACCCAAAUACCAUCACCAAAACUACAGAAACUUAUAACCUUGUUGCCCAGAUGUCUUUAAACUGUUUUGAAAAGGAGAUGCUGCUUCACCAUGGUAAACAUUUCCCCGUGCCAACUUCUUGGAGACCUGUAGCAAGAAUCCAUUUUGAAACCAGCUCCUUUUGCGCAAAUAACUGUAAACGUUUUAACAUUUGUUGUGUUCGCUAUGUUCUAUUGUAAAUAAUACGUUGUCUCGUCUGAUUAUAAAGUUUUCAUUUUAUUCAAAUUUAAAAAAGGUCCCAACAUUUCUGGAAUUCGGGUUGUAUAAGGUCUUACAUGGUUAGUUUUACAGUCUUUUACCAGUUGACUGUCUACCCAUAGAGUACAGAUAUUUUUAAUUAUUAAGCCAACAAUAACCUGUAAUGCUAGUCUUGGUCCAAAAACAAAAUGCACAAGCUUCCCCAGUCAAACACUCAACACAUUGUCGCCUACAUAUGCGGUCAAACGCCACCUAGUGUACAACAAUGGUAAUACAUCAAAACCUUUCCACACAACAGGCAAUGCAGUCUACAGUAAUGCUAAUUCGCGUAAUACAUUUUUAAUAGCUCAAACAUGAUGUCAUAAACCAUCUCCACUUUAUUGAAUAUACACAUCACAAUUAACACUGCAGUAUCCUGUCAAACAGAAUACAGCAUUACAGCAUUAUUGUGGGGAAAAAGGAAACAGAUGAGGGUUGGUUGAAAGCUCUUUCCUUAGAGACUAUAAAUAGCAUUUUAUGUGAGCUACAGAGCUCGGUCUUCAAAUGAAAAAAAUUCUGGUCCCGUUGGGCAAUGCAGUUCACACGUCAAAAUGCAUUAGGCUGUGAACUUUCUUCGUGAAUAGCAAAAUAUGCUAACGUGAGAAUAAUGUUGCCCUAUUAAAUAUACAAAUAUUUCAAAAUCUGCAGUAUUAUAUAUAAAACAGACGAUAUCAUUAAAAUGAGACAAUAAGACCAUAACAGAAACGUUUUAAUAAACAUUACACCUUGCCAAAAAUGUUAUUGUUCAGUACGCAUGAAUACAG